CUGGGAGUUGAUGCAGGGAGCUAGGGCAAAGAGGCCAGACCGGCUUCAUGCUGCUACCCAGAGCCAGAACCGCUUGGAUCAGGAGCUGAAGAUUUUGCCCACCUCUGGUCAGCCCUCUUGGCCUUGGCCUCCUCGCUCAUUUGACCACCCUUUGCCUGAAGGCAGAGUCUGGCAGAAGAGGAUAUCCUCUACCCAAGUUGGAAGAAGGCGACUUGGCUGGCCUGGAAGUUAGAAGAGCCCCAAGUACUGCCCCAGAUCCGUGGGGAAUUCUGGGAAAGAACCAUGCAGAAGAUCCUGGGUGAGGAGGACCCCAUCUGCUCAGAUGUCCAGCUCCAGCGGUUCAGGCAGUUCCGCUACCAGGAGGCCGAGGGACCCCGAAAGGUUUGCACCCGACUCCACCAUCUGUGCCAUCAGUGGCUGAAGCCAGACACACACACAAAGACUCAGAUCCUGGACUUUGUGGUCCUGGAGCAAUUCUUGGCUGUCCUUCCCGCGGAGACGGAGAGCUGGGUCAGAGGACAUGGAGCGGAGAUCAGUUGUGAGGCCCUGGCCCCUGCGGAAAGUUUCCACCUGGGCCAGGCAGAAGACCCAAAGCAGGAACAGCAGCAGGGCAAGGUAUCAUCCCCUCUCAUUUCAACAGUCUUUGCCUUCGGGCAGAAUCUGACAGAAGACGAAAGUGGUUGUUUGGCCAUGUUGGAAGCUGGCUGGCAUCACGAAUUGAAGUUGGAAGGCCAAGAAUUGCCUGGACCUGAAGCAGUAAAAGACCCUUGUCCUAUUCAGGCUGGGGAAUUCUGGGAAAGAACUGUGUGCAAGAUCCAGGGUGAGGAGGACACCCUCAGCUCAGAUGUCCAGCACCAGGAUUUCAGGCAGUUCUGCUACCAGGGGGCCAAGGGCCCUCAUGAGCUUUGCAGCCGACUCCACCAUCUUUGCCGUCGGUGGCUGAAGCCAGAGCGACACACGAAGAAUCAGAUCCUGGACUUAGUGAUUCUGGAACAGUUCCUGGCUGUCCUUCCAGUGGAGAUAGAGAAAUGGGUCAGCGAAUGUGGAGUGCAGACCACUUCCCAGGUGGUGGCCCUGGCUGAAGGUUUCCUCCUGAGCCAGGCAGAGGAGAAGAAGCAGGAAGAGCAGCAGAAGCUCGGCAAGUUUUCAGAUGUGGCCACAGAAAUCCCUGAGGCAGAGAAAGCUCCUUGGAUGCUGGAAAUAUCAUCUCUACCUCAUGAUGGAGUGAAAGCAGUUUCUGUACAACCGGGUCAGGAUCUGGUGAGCUUUGAGGAGGUGGCUGUGCAUUUCACCGAGGAGGAGUGGGCCCUGCUGGAUCCGGACCAAAAGGCCCUGCACAGGGAAGUCAUGGAGGAGAAUCGGGGGAUUGUGGCCUCUCUAGGAGCUGAUGGGCAGAAAAGUGAGAAUGAAGAACCAUGCAGGGUGUUGGAAAGAAAUGGACAUAAAGAGGAGGAAGAGCAGAGAAGAAAAACUGAAGUAGGACAGAGCAAGUCCUCUGCUUCUCAGGGGGAUGACAUCUUUGAAAUCCCAGUCCAAGAAAACACAGUCAAAGGAGAGGAAAGGAAUCAGUGCCUUGUGUGUGGGAAGACCUUCAGUUCCAAGUCGAGCCUCAUUGCUCAUUGGGAGAUCCACACCAAGGAAAAACAAUUUAAAUGCUCAGAGUGUAAGAAGAGCUUCUGUAAUAAAUCAGCCCUGAAAAAGUACCUGAGAAUCCACACAGUGGAGAAACCAUUUAAAUGCUUGGAGUGUGGAAAGGGCUUUAACAGGCAAGACGCCCUUAUGUUACAUCAAAAAAUUCAUACAGGAGAGAAAUCGUAUGAAUGCUUACAAUGUGGAAAGCAAUUUAUUCACAGCAAAAGCCUCACUUACCAUGAACGACUUCAUACAGGAGUGAAGCCAUAUAUAUGUUUGGAAUGUGGAAAUAGCUUCAGUAGAAGCAGCAGCCUUACUUCACAUCAGAGAAUUCAUACAGGGGAGAAACCAUUUAAAUGCCUGGCAUGUGGAAAAAGCUUUAGUUUGACCUCAAGCCUCACUUCUCAUCAAAGAAUUCACACAGGAGAGAAACCGUAUUCGUGCUUUGAGUGUGGAAAGAAAUUUAGUGACUGCUCAACUCUUACUUCACAUGAAAGAAUUCACACAGGAGAGAAACCAUUUAAAUGCUUGGAGUGUGGAAAAACCUUCAGUAGAAGCACCAACCUAAAUUCACAUCAAAGAAUGCACACAGGAGAGAAACCAUAUAAAUGCUUGGAGUGUGGAAACAGCUUCACUAGGAGUACCAGCCUUACUUCACAUCAAAGAAUUCACACAGGGGAGAAACCAUUUAAAUGCUUGGAGUGUGGGAAGAGCUUCAGUCAGAGCUCAAGCCUCACUUCUCAUCAAAGAACUCAUGCAGGGGAGAAACCAUAUACGUGCUUCGAAUGUGAAAAGAGAUUCAGCACUAAAAAAAUCCUUGCUUUACACAAACGACUUCACACAGGGGAGAAACCAUUUAAAUGCUCAGAGUGUGGAAAGAGUUUUAAUAGGAGAGAUGCCCUCCUUUCACAUCAAAAGAUUCACACAGGGGAAAAAUUAUAUAAAUGCUUAGAAUGUGAUAAGAGCUUCAUUUUGACCAAAUAUCUCAAUAAACAUCAAAGAAUGCACACAGGAGAGAAACCAUAUAAAUGCUUGGAGUGUGGGAAAAGGUUUAUUGAUAGCAAAAGUCUCUCUUACCAUCAGCAACUUCACACAGGAGUGAAACCAUACAAAUGCUUGGAAUGUGGAAAGAGCUUCCAUCAGAGUUCAGACCUUACGUCCCACCAAAGAAUUCACACAGGGGAGAAACCAUAUAACUGCCUGAUGUGUGGAAAGAGCUUCCGUUGGACUAACUCCCUUACUUUACAUCAAAGGAUUCACACAAGAGAGAAACCACUUAAAUCAACGCAGGGUGGAAAGACCUUCUGCUUAAAAUGUGGAAAGAGCUUUAGUCAUAGCAAAUCCCUCACUUCCCAUCUUCACACAGAAGAGAUCACAUAACUUGCCACUAAAGAAUUUGGAGAAGGGAAAAAAUGUAAAUGCCUGUAGUGUAGAAAGGACUCUGCUCAGAAGACAAACCUCCCUAGACAUCAAAGAACCCACACAGUUGAGAAGCCAUAAUGGUACAUGUAGAGUAGAACGAGCUUCAAUCACAACACAAUUCUGAAGUCAAAUUGGGAGUAGAUGCUGGUGAAUGUACUGAAUCUUAAUCCAGACAAGCUGGUGCUGCUAUUAAGAACAUAUGAAGAGUCCUGCUGGAUCAGAUCAAGGCCCCUUCCUAAUCCAGCAUCCUGUUCUGACAGUGGCAAACCAAAUGCCUAUGGGAAGCCCACAAGCAAAACCUUGAGUGCCAGAUCAACUGGUAUUCAGAGGAAUACUGCCUCUGACACUGGAGGGAGAGGCCAUGCAGAUGUCCCUCCACAGUGCCAUCGUUCCUGAUCUCUGUCGUAUCUGAGUACUUACCAGCCUUCAAAUCUGAGUACCUGCCCAUUUUUAUUUUCUUUUAAGAGGAUGAGGCAGGCUGCAACCUUGGAUUGCUUCCCCUAGAACCUUUUUUUUUAUUCUCCAUAACCCCGGAUUGUCCUGAGCAUGCAGAUAUCUCCUCCUUGUUCCGUGGUGGCUCUGUUUUGGCUUUAAUGCUAUCUGCACAGGGUCACCAAGUUCGCUGUUAGGAGAUAUAAUAUUGACUGUGUGCUAUUGAGAACACUGUCAACAGCUCUGCUCACCCCAUCUCAAAACAGAUAUGGUGUAGAUGGGAAAUGAGCAGAAAUGACUAAAAGGAGUGUUGGGAGUAAAGCACCAGUGCUUGCAACAAGUAACCUUAACCAGUGGCAGCGGGGGGAGAGGGUGAUAGACAGAAAGACAACCUAUUUUUCCCUCGCUGAUUCCUUCUUUAAAAACCACUUGUUGAUUGCUUUUCUCAGGCUUUACUUCCUUCCUCCUGCAUCUUGUUAGUGUUCGUGUGUGUACUUGUUAACCUGCUGACUCCAUAAUGGCCACAUGUAUGUUUAUACUCAGAAUGGCGUUAUUUCCCAGGAGUAAUAA